AACGUCAGUCGAUAAAGCAGCGGUCGCCAUUUCACUCUCCGAGGAUCGAGACUCAGACUGCAGCUGCAAAAGUGACGUGGCAGCUCCACAAUGGUGAAAAUAUUCAUCGGGAACUUGUCACCAGACACUACAUCGGAUGAACUUCGCUCUCUCUUCUCCCAGUAUGGCAAGAUUGCAGAAUGUACUAUUGUCAAGAACUUCGGCUUUGUGCACAUGGAUGACAAAGCGGAGGCAGAAGAAGCCAUCUGCAACCUCCACCAUUAUGAGCUUAAUGGCCAGCCCAUGAAUGUAGAAUUGAGCCGUGGCAAGUCGAGAGGAUCUACUAAACUACAUGUUGGCAACAUUGCCUGCACCAACCAGGAGCUGAGGGCUAAGUUUGAAGAGUUUGGCACUGUGUUGGAGUGUGACAUAGUAAAAAACUAUGCUUUUGUUCACAUGGAGCGAAUGGAGGAUGCCAUGGAGGCCAUUAAUCAGUUAGACAACACAGCUUUUAAAGGCAAACUGAUGAGCGUGAAGCUUUCGACUAGCCGCCUGCGUACUGCGCCGGGAAUGGGAGACAGAUCAGGUUGUUAUCGUUGCGGGCAGGAAGGCCACUGGUCCAAAGAAUGCCCUCUAGACCAAAAUGGCUACCACAGAAACGGCUCAGAGCCAAAGUCUGAUGGAUACGAUGCCUCGAGAUUUGGCGGGCGUGGUCGCAGCAGGGGUUAUCAUCCGGACUUCAGUGGCGAUCCAGAUUAUGGUGGCGGCUAUGCUCCUGUACAUGUUUUUUCCCGGGGUUCUGGUCACAGCAGCGGCAUGGCAGGGUACAGAAGGGGUGCAGGCUACGAAAGUGCAAUGAGAUACGGGCCACACCCAGGUUAUGGCAUAAGCGCCGUUGCUGAACAUAGCAUGGCUCGGAUGUACGGCAGCGAGGCGGCAUACAGGAGCAACGGUUCUCUCUAUGGCGCGGUACCAGCCUACCCGAUGCGACGGUCGCCUUACGAGGAAAGGGAUCCGUACGGGGUCGUGGACUACUACGAGAAGUACAGGGCCAAUUCUUACGGAGGCAGUUAUUUUGAGGAACGCCGCGCUGUCCCAUUGCCUGCUUCAUCAACAUCCUCCUCCACAGCUAUAAUAAGGGAACGUCUUCCCCCCUCUAGCCUUGACCCAUACGAGUGCCCUCCCCUCCCUCCUCCACCAGCCCCAGUCUCCUCAUACUAUGCACGUGACCGGAGUCCGAUUCGGAGACUACCUGCCGAGGCAGAUGGAUAUGCAUAUGAGCGUUCGCGCCUUUCCCCGGUGCCCACCCUCCCAAGAAGUUCUACCUAUGACCAUCCGCGGGAUCCCGGUGCUGAGCGGGCACGAUAUACAUACUGAUCCUUGUCCCAUACAGUCAGGGGAGAGCUGACUGACAUUUAGUGGAUAGGAUAGCCUAAGUGCCAUUGGAACGUUUAAACAGUAUAUCUCAUUGGUAAUAUCAGGGGCAAAAGUCAGCCCUCUGUUAUGUGAGAUGUGGGUAGUAAGGGUAAGGUUACUAUAAAGCUUUGCCAUCAUAAUAGCCAAUGACUAGAUUUCAGUGUGAAUGGUUGAAUGCAUUCACAUUAUGCUGUGAUCUCAUUCCAGCUUAUACUACAAAAUGCAGUACAACUAAUGCUCAGCUGAUAACCUUUCAUUGUCCUUUUUACAUGUUGUGGUAUUGGUGUAGUUCUAAGAUGGCUUAGUCAGUGUGGUAGCGCCAGGGUUUCCGCCAGUGGAUUUUAAGCCCAGUGGCCCGCCAGGCCAAAGUUGACCCCCUGCCAUGCCUAAAUAUCAGGGAUUUUGGGGUGGCUCGGUUGGAAACCUAGAUAUUAUGGUGAGAGAGCUCACCAGCAUUUUUUGGUUAAAAUGAUUCAUUGAACCCCUCCCCCUGGUCUCAGGUAGAUGAAGUUCAGCCAGUGAGCACCCCGUCCUCGUAAUCGCUGUUACAACAAGAACAGGCACAGUUAUAAUGGACAUCAGGCGGAACAAAUCCUGGUGGGCCGCCGCAUCGGUCCAAGAAAUCCAUAAACGUUUUAUCCUAUCUGCAUGCUAGUCAUUGAGAACCUGCUGUAUGCACGCGUGCUCCGGGAUUGGGCUCACUUGACUGACCUGAGUACAACCCUCCCACCCCACCUACAGGUCCCUGUAGAAGGGCCUAACAAUUCCCCUGGCGGAAAUCCUGAGUGCAGAUACUGGGUUUAUUCUACAACCUGGUUGACAUCCAUUCACGAUACUGUGAGAACAAAAGGUUUGCCCCUCUUAAAGUAGCUAUAUGUUCAUACACUAUUUAGACUCAGUUCAUAGAAACAAUUAAAAUAGUGCAUGGUGCAUGUUUUAAAGGUGAGUCCUAUGAUUAUGUUAAGUAAACUUUAAUGAAUUCUUUCAAGCAGCAUCUAAUGUAUCAUUGUAUGUAUUUUAGUGUAUUUGUGUUAAUGUAAGUUUACAUCAUUAUUAGAUAUGUGAAGCGACGGCAAAACAAAUCUGAAUACUGUAUCACCUACAUUAACGUGUGGACUUAAAUGUCACACCUGUACCAAAUAUAGACUGCACAGAAUAAAAGAUGGUUAUACUUUUGUAUUUGCGUUAUAUGAACCCUUUUGUGAAAUUAUGCUUCAAAGCUUUUUAUCAAGCUGCAUUCAUGUUUUUAUUUUUAUUAUUAUUCAUUAGGCACAUUACUUGUAUUAAAUUUAUUUUCAUGGCUGUGAUAAAUAUGUGGCUUCACAUCUUGACUUGUAGUUUCCUAAGAAAAUGACCUCAAUUGCUGUCUGUCUUUAUUUCUAACUCUUAGGUUAAAAUAAAAUUCUGUCUAAAAUCA